AUGUCAUCAUUAAUCAUUUUAUUCUUAUUUAUUGAUUUUAUUGAUUUAAUACAAUUGAAUUCAAUCAAUAUAACAAUGAAUAAUUUAAUCAAUAUUUUAUUAUUACUUAGAAACAAUGAUUUAUAUAUGUUACCAUAUAAUCAUUCAUUAUUAUUUUAUCCAUAUAAUGGACCAUUUUAUAAACCAUUAUGGAAAUUAUCUAAACCAUAUUAUUAUUUUUCACAAUAUGGUUUACCUAAUCCAUUUUAUCAAUCAUUAUCAUCUAAAAUUAAUAUGAAAUUUAUCAAAAAUGAUAUAUUGAUUAUUAAAGAAUCAACUCAUAAUUUAACAAGAAAAUAUAUUUUAAUAGAAAAUUUCACAUUAUUUGAUUUAUAUUCUAAUUUAUUAUCAAAAUUUGCUACUGACACUGAACACUAUAAAAAGGAAAUAUUUACAAUGGAUGAUAUUACUGAUAACAAUGAUAAAAGUAGUAUAAGUAGUAAUAAUAAUGAUAACAUGAUGAAUUCUAUGAAUAUUAAACCUUCAAUGAUGAACAAUUAUGAUAAUAUUCAAAUGGAUACUGAGAAAAUGACGUAUACACAUGAUGAUGAGGAUGAGGAUGAUCAAGACGAUCAGAAGAAUAGAAUAACGAAUGUUAUUUUAGGUGAACGACUUCAACCAAGAAUGUUUCUUCCUUUAUUUAUUGAUAUUUAUAGAAUAUUUAAAUCUAUUAAAGUAAAAUGUGGAAAAACCUGUAAAGAUUAUAUACCAAAUUAUGAAUAUGUUUUAUGGAUGUAUAAUUGGGUUAUUUGUACAAAUUUAGGAUCAAAAUCUAAAAAUGAUAUUGAUGGAAUAUGCCCUAAAAUUUGUCGUCCACGUGAAAAUAUAAUAAAAAAUGAUUUAAUUCAACAAAUUAUCAAUUUAACUUUUAAAUCAAUUCAUAUUGUUAAUCCAUUUGAUGUUUGUUCACAAUUACUUCAUACAAUAUCUGGUACAUGUUUAGUGCAUGGAAAUGGUGUCUAUGUAAAUGAAUUCUCGUAA